AUGCCAUCUCCUGCGACGCCGCACCGGCCGGCGAAAGGUGGAGGCACCGCCAAAUCCACCCCGACAAAGCCGCUGGAUAUUGGUCAACCGCUGGGCGUCCACGAUACAAAUACCGUUCGUUCAAGAGUGCGCAAAUGGCAGCAGCAAGGUGGAGGAGUCAUUACGAUCGACGAUGGAACCUACGAUGACGACGAGGAGAAUGCGGGCCAGGAAAAGCCCAAGCCCAAGCCUACGCCAGUCAAGAUCAAGCCGGAUCGAGUCGAGAAGCCUGUGAAGGAUAAGGAAAAGACUGCCACGGCCCCGGCGAUGCGCAAACGAAGUCACAGUACUCCGCGAAAACGAGUCAUCAGUGAUGAGCAUUGGAGGAGAAACCGAUCCACGACCACGGUUUCAACGGCACCACGUCACCUCCCUAUCCCGAAGCGCAUCAAUGAAUAUACGACGAAUGACGGAUCAGAGUCCUCGAAAACGAAGAAGAACAAUAAAAGUGAAGAUCUAGACAAGGGUCGUGAUCCCCCUCGUUCCAGACCGCGGCGCGACACUGUCGCUUCUCGAUCCCCGACCCGCGACAGGAAGCGCGCGAAUUCCCGCAAAGAUGUCGACUCCGUCGCAGAUAGUGAUACGGAGACGGAUCUUCCUCGGUCAACAGUCAUGUCGGAUAUCCCCGAACGCCAGAAGAGACAAUCUCCGCCUCCCGAGGACAUGGAAUGGGCGAAAAGCGAAGCCGACUUCACCGAGUUGUCACGGAGGCGCGCUCGGGGGCCAGCAAAGGCACCACCAAAGGGGGGAAUCUUCGCGCAUAUGCUGGACGAGUCAAGGAAGAUGUUCACCAGACCAGAGGCUGAACCACCUAGGCCCGCCCCUCCGCCAACCGGAAACCGCGGAGCCAAAAUUGAAGCAUGGCUGUCCGGGACCUCGGAUCCUUUCCUGAGACGGCGAAGAGGGAAAGACAUUGUCUCGCGGUCCGAAUUGUCGGUGGAGAGCGAAUCACGCCCGAAGAGCUCCCACAGCCGACACUCCAAGGAGAGGGAUCGCCCUUCAUCGUCCGAGAAGCCUCGCAAGUCGUCAGAUCGAGAUGCUACAUUGAAUUCUAAGCGGUCCAGCAUAGAGAAAAAGGUCGAGAGGCCAUUAGCGCUUCGUAUUCGAGAGGACAAGAAGCUUGACAAGCCAUACGAAGACAGCCUUGCGCCCUCGGAAUCCGAUCUCCAACCCUUUUCGGAGGGAUCAGAGGUCUCUGCAAACAAUGCACCUGUUCCGACCGGCCCCAAACGGCCUUUCCCAACUACCGGAAACCACAGACUUUCAACGAUCGCAUCCAGCGAGACCCUAAGCACCGUCCUUGAGGGAUCAUCCGAUCCCAGCAAAACAAUAUCUUCUGAGAAGCGCAUCCCCAAGACUCUCGAAGAGGCAGAGGAAGCCGCCGAGGAGAAAGAUCAAUUCGAUCCUGAUUCCCUACCUCAAGUGACAUCGCAACUCAAGAGACGACUCACCACGCAUAAUGAUCUGAUGUCCGUUCUAUCGGGUCCUGGUCGGAGCAGAAGCAAUCGAUCCAAUCGAAGCAUUCGCUCUAAUAAGAGCCGCCUAGCCAACGCAACUAUUUCCGACAUCAUGGUCGAGCUAUCCGGUGACGAGACGAAGUACAUGCGCGAGCUGAAAACUAUUGUCGGUGGUGUGAUUCCGGUUCUACUGACCUGCGUGCUGUCGCGUUCCGAUUCAGCUAUUGCCGCGGGUUUAUUCCGUCCCUCCAUGGAUCCGACAGAUGAUGUAAACUUCUCAAAGCCCAUCGUGAAUAUGGGCGUAGCCAUUGAGCGGCUGAAGACGUUGCACAAGCGAAUCCCGCAAGAUAACGCCGAUGCAUUGCUGACCUGGGCUCAAGGGGCCCAGCGGGUGUAUCGCGAGUACCUCAAAGCCUGGAGACUUGGCUUUAAAGAUGUGAUUGUGAACCUUGCACCCCUGGAAGAAGACGAAGCCAAUCAAGAGGCCGAGACAAGGAGUUUGGACGAAGGCCUGGAGCGCGACGAGAAUGGCGAUGUGAUUGGCAGUGAUGGUGAGAAGGUUGAUGUCGCUUACUUGCUGAAGCGACCCUUGGUUCGCCUCAAGUACCUUCACAAAACCUUCAAGGGAAUCAACAUUCUACAGCCUUCGCCCAAGGCGGAGGAAGUGGCAGGGGCUUAUCAAGAUCUUGUGAACGAUGCUCGUAAACGAGCCCGAGACGAACGGGCGAGGCUGGAAGAUGAGUCUGCCUCCAACAUUGAUGCAACUCGUGCACGAGACCCUGCGACCUUGGGUGUACUCCAAAAUAUAAAGGUUGACCACAGUCGCCGUGUCAGAGCUCGUGAUUUCUUCAAUUUGUCUUUAUAUCACUCUAGCGGUCAAUUGGUUGACUGCCGGGCGGAAUUGCUGUAUCGAGACAAUACUCAAAGCAACGGUCCUGGAGGUGAUCUGAUGAUCUGCGAGAUCGAUCAUUCAGAACGCUGGCUUCUGUUCCCCCCAAUGGAUCUGCGAUGUGUUUCGGCCCGUUCUGGCGAUAGCAAAGGCGAAAUUGUACUCAUGCUCCGCAGUGCCCCGGAUGCAGAGAAGUACUGGCAGGAGCUCAUUUCGCUUCGCAUUGACGAAGUCGAGGUUGGUCUUGAAUGGAUCCAGUUAUUAGGCUCUGAUCCCAUCCCUCCGACAAUAUUCCGAACUCAAAGCUUCAUCAGCCGAGCCAAACAGCACAGGGCUCGCAAGUCAGAUGUUGAAUCGCCACCACGAACCAAUCCCAGCGAUGUUGAUAUUCCCAUUGGUGAGAAGGCUUUCAGCAAACGCCGUUCUUUGACACCAAAGGAGCAGUACUCCGAACCAAGUACGGUUAACUCUGCUGUUACCGAGGACAGGAGCUCCGUCUGUUCGACUGCUACCCGUGAAACUGAGUAUACCACCGGAGGAUCGGAACUCUCUAUAAAACAGUCUCGCCCCGGUCUCCCGCUUCUCCCCUCUACUGUGAGCCCGGACAAGUCUCCGUCUGGCUUGAAGAGAUCCAAAGCGAAGCGCAUGUCUCGCUACGGAGAUAGUCCAUCAGAAACACCAUCUUCUCCAAUCGGUGUUCCUGACAAUGCCGUGGCUUCUCCAGCGCCUCAAUCUCAGCCCCGGCCGCAGCCAGAGCUGGAGUCGGAAAUCCAGCCCAAGACACCUCAGCAAGCAGAGCCCAGAUUCUAUGGCGGUAGCAAGGACACAUCUAAAGAUUCACGCUUACCAAAGCCCAAGUCUCCCCCAAAGACACCGCAACCCUCUCGUGGAAGAGAGUCCCCGGAGGAAUCGCCGCGAGUAUCGUCUACGCCCUCUGCUCACCUUCCCCAGAUUCCCAAACUUCGCAGCGCUAGCAGCCAAACUCAUAUGUCUAGCCCGACUACCAUUGAUGCUGACGAGGAAGAGGACUACCCUCCUCUUGAGUCUCUACCCGAUCAAGAAGAAGAAGUUCCAGAGACGCCCACGAGGACAAGAAGAAAGUCUCGGCGCAAGUCCAAGCAUGACGAUAAGCACGGCGAUGCUCCCCCGCCACCACCACCUCAUCGUUCCCCAAGCUCAAAGGUGAACAACAACCAGCCUGUUCUCAGCCCUUCGGCUGUUCGUCUCAAACGCCGUGGAUCAUCCCCUCUGAAGCACGAAUACGAACCUUCCACUGCUUCCGACUACUCAGAGACCGACUCCGAUGCUUCGACCGUGCGGCACUACUCUUACUCCUCGUCCGAAUAUUCAAAAUCUGAUUCCGAAUCCGAAUCCGACUAUUCGUCAGAAUCAGAGGACGAUGCCCAUCUCCCCAAGCCAAAGAUACACGACACCGCUACUGCUACGUCCGAGACAAGCUCUCUAUCCCCUUCCAACUCUGCAUCGCAGAGUGGCUACCGUACAGUCCCCGUGCAGCCUACCAAGUCGACCAAGGUCAUUGCAUCUCUUUUCGCAUGGUCAGAUAAAGGCAGCUGGGAAAGUCUGGUUCCCGACGAGUGCAACAUCGUCGUUAGCCCGGGCCUCAUCGAAGCAUUCAAGAUGACUCCUGAUUCCAACCCUAAUUCGUCAGAUCGUUCAUCACGAUCGUCGCGUCCACUCAUCUCUAUGGAAUUGACACCCCUCGUUCCCCUCCGCCGCGGAACCGCUAUCGAUAUCAGCAUCCGCUCCCCUCCAACUGACCGAUCCAAGAUCACCUCGAGCAACAAUAUCAUGUUCCGCUCUCGCACUCCCGACGAGUGUGACUCACUUUAUGGCCUCAUCAACCAAGCUAGAAUCAAUAAUCCGACCUACAUCGCACUCCAGAACGCCCGCGGCAGCAGCUUCGACAACCCUAUCCCGAACUACGAGCCAGAUUCCAAGUCUGGCGGCACCUGGUUCGGCUUCCCUCGCCGCAGAAAGAGCUACCGCGCCUCCAGCUCCCCCCGUUCUCUCGCCGAAGGCUCCGAGAGCAGUGUCGGCACCAUGAGCUCCGCCUUCUCCGCCCUGAAGCGCUUCGGCGGCGGAAACAAGAUGUUCAACAUCUCACGCUCAACUGUGGAAUCUCGCAGCGGCCGCGAGGGUAGCAUGUUCUCCGGCGAGGAGGACUCUAACCACUCACCUUCAGGUGGAAUCGGCCGCAUCGCCGCCGCCAUCAAGGGCGCCGACGGCAUCGGUCUUUCAAAUGCUAAGAUUCGCAUCUAUCUCCGCGAAACCGCCUCCAAGUGGCGCGACAUGGGCGCUGCCCGCCUCACAAUCAUGCCCGCUCCUCCAAAGAACCCUCCUUCUCGCCCCGGAACAGCCGUCAGUGGUCGCAGCGAGGGUAGCGGCACGCACGGUGAUGGCGCCGGCUCCUCGCCUCCAAGCUCCGGCGCAACUACCCCCCGCCGUGACGUCGAAACCGAGAAACGUAUUAUAAUCCGCGGCAAGACCCGUGGAGAAGUCCUUCUUGAUGUCUGUCUACCUGAAAGCUCGUUUGAGCGUGUGGCUCGGACUGGAAUUGCUGUCUCUGUUCAUGAGGAUACUGCCGGCGGCGCUGUCGCGAAACAGGGUGGUGUCACUGCUAGCUCUCAGCGUAUUUAUAUGCUUCAGAUGAAGAGUGAGGCGGAGACUGCUUAUACCUUUGGCCUUGUUGGUAAACUACGAUACUAG